AUGUCACCGGUGCCUGGAGACAAACGCCAUAGCGAUCAGGCUCGGGGUCACCUCCUCAGCGAGACACCAUCUCCAUUGCGAAAUGUUGUAUCUAAAAAGCCUGCCUUCGUCUCCACUCACAAGUUGGCCAGAGGCGACGGAUUAUGCGGUUGGCAAGGAAACCUUAAAAAAAGUAAACAUCCUCGCCACAACGAAAUCCUCCUUCUUGUCUGUUGCGCCGUCACGGAGGUCGCCAGAGCGGAAAAAACACAUCAAAAUACUACUCUUAACUACUCUUAG